UUUGCAUUUGUUCAGUGAGUGUUUUGUGAUCAGAAGAACACACUGCUAUCCUGCAGUAACUUGGCCAACGAAGAAGGAAAAGAUUCAAACAAUCAUUCGAACUUGCUUCUCGUGUCCUUUGUGCGAUAUGGAGGCAGCCACGUCCACCUACCAGCACUCUUACGGUCUGGGCCCUCGGGGUCCAGACCCACAUUACGGUGCUCAGCAGGGCCAGGGACCCCACCCGCCGUCAGCUCCGGGAGCUCCACGUCCUCAGGAGCAGCACCACCACAAGCCUUAUUUCUACAUGCAGCCCUCGCAGCCGUACAUGAGCAUGCAGUGGCCUGUGCCGGUGCCCAUGCCUGUGUCCUACAACCCAUACUACCCUGGUUUAGGCUACGGCCUGCCCAUGAUGCCCCACUAUCAGCCUAAUCCCUACAUGGAGCCACCUGGGUUUGUCGUACCCACCACCCACCUCCAUUUGAUGGACUACCGCCGCAUGCUCAACCCUCAGUAUUACCAGACCAUGGCCUACCACUCCCGCAGGUUCCGCUACCAGCAGAACAGCCAGACCAGAGAAAUGACGAGCUCCGAGGUUCAAACCGAGCCCCUGUCAGCCGCCCAGAGGACCAGCACCAGCCAGGUCGAGGCCCCUGUUGGCCUCUCAGUCCGCAGCGGCGACGGCAACCCUGUUGUCUCCAUCAAGCAGCCGCUCUCACCAGCUCUGCCUGUGCAGAAGUCAGAUCAUUCUGUGGAGCUAAAGGACAUGGCGCCCUCUUCCACCACCAGGAUGCCACCAAGCAGCAGCAGCAGCAGCAGCAGCUUUGUGAUCCAGACGGAGGAGGUGAGGAUUGAAUGCUGCACCACGCCGGUGGGACUGCAACUCCUGCAUGCUCAUGAGACUGCAGAGGUGUCCCACAGCUUUUCCCAAGAUGUGGUCCAGUGCAGCAGCUCCUCCGUCCUCCAGGGUCACGUCGUACGGCAGGACGAGGAACGGUGCCUCCCCGCAGAACAGUCGGAGCAGGUGCUCCAAGCUUGUCCUGACACCCUGUUGGUUGGGACGCACAGCGGCGGUGAGAAGCUCCCGCCUUUGGAGGCACCAAGAAACCAGAUGGAUCUUGCGGUCGUCCUCUCUGACGUCGGUUCCCGAGUACCAGCUCGCAACGACGUUCAAGAGACGAGCGGUGAGAAAGGCCCGUCUGAGGAUUUCCCCUUCAAAGUUGUCCACCUGCCGUUCGACCCUAAAUACCUGGACGAGCUGUGGAAGAUGGAGUCCACUGUCUGGUCAAUGAACGAAACUGCGAUACCCUCCCCUGAAUCGCUGAUCCCAAAUGGCCGCCCAGAGUCUCACGAUGCAACAGAAGAAGUCGCGUCCGUGAAUCAGAUGUCUCCUCUGGCAGAGGAUGAACAGGACAUGGUCCCCGCUGUGGAGGAGCAUCCUGAGGAUGAGAUGGCGCCUGAAGCUGAUGCAUGCCAAUUUAUGGAGGUUCCUGUUGCAGAGGAAGCUCCUACAACGGAGCUGACGCACACAGCAGAAGAUAAUUCCCCUCUUAAGGCAGAUGGAAAUGUCCAGGAUCACCAGGACACUUCCUUCGAAUCGUUGCCUGCCUACCUCCCUUCAACCAGCUGGCUUGCUGACUUUGAUAGUCUCCACUAUUGUAGCAAGAUGCCGCCAACUCCCAAGAAGCAGAACAGACCUCCGAGCAGCUGUGGAUUAGACGUACCAACCAGAAGAAGAAAACUAGACCAUAUCUAUAAAGGCCAACCUACCGUUCGGAAGCCAAAAGAGAGGUACAAACCCAAAGGGAAGGCAGAUCGGCGAAGCUUCUCCGACCACGAAUGCUGCCUCAACAGAGGCUUCAAUGAGAACGAGUUUACUCCUUACGAGUCAAAGAGGGAGCGACUUUGCUCCAGAUGUGUGGCGAAGACCACGAUCUGUGUGGCCGACAGUCGAGAUCUCGACGGUCGCACCUUAAAGAGAAAAGCGUCUCUUUUCGAACAAUGGAACGACGCUCUCUUACCGACAUGCGAAGCCUGUGCGUCCCACUCCAAGAAACGGCUGGUGAGCAAAGGUUCCAGUCCGGAUGUCCGCGGCUCUCUCCAUGGACACGACACCGAGGGAGAGUCCUCCGAGAACGGCUCGUGUCGCUUCGGCUCAAAGUGGAGGGCGGUCGAUGGUCCCAGGAAGCCGAACAACCUCAAGAUGCCGCUGGCCUCCAAGCAAAACGUGGAGAGGUGUCCCGCGACAACUCACCUGAAGCGGAGGGAGAAGAACUGCGUUUGCAACGAGCCGCAGCGUGAGGCCGUCCCGUGGGAGAGGCUGCGCCACUGCCCCCACGGCAAUGCCAUCCAAGAAAUGGACGAGAACCGCGCGUCGCCGGUUUCCCUGCUGGACAAACGCAGGAUAAUGGAUCAGAUUUAUCUGACACACAGGUGGCAAACGGAGAACGCGUGGAAAGCAGUGAUGCCUAACCCAGACAGUGACGGCUCCAAGAACGAAGCCAGAACACCACAUUUUAAUAAGCACAAGAAAUCACAACCACAAUCACAAGGAAAUUCUAGAAAAGACACAAGAUGCUGAUUUUCACAAGAGCACAAUCGACCAAGUGAAAAAUGACACUUUUUAAGAAAUGUUUAUAUAUAUAUAUAUAUAUGAUGUACACUUAAUUUAAAUGAUUUUCACCUAAAUGAACUGUAUAAUCACUGUUUCACUAUUUAUUAACAAUAAAAUAAACACAACUUUA